ACCAGUGUGGUGUGGGGGGCGGGACGACGACAAGUGCGGCGAUGUUCUGCUGCUGCUGAGGAAAAGCUGCAAAGGCAGCGUCAGGCUGGGCGACGGAUACGUGCAAGGAGAAACCUGGAAUUUAAGGAAGUAUGGAGACCAUUUCCAUGAUGGGAAGUCCUCGGAACAACAGUAAAGCGGUUUUCUUACCAAAUGGCAUGAAUGGUAUUAAAGAGAUAAGCAAGUCGACCAUUGGCAUCCUAGGAUCUGGAGACUUUGCCAAAUGCUUGACUAUACGGCUCCUCAAAUGUGGAUACCACGUGGUGGUCGGCAGUCGAAACCCUAAGAGAGCCGCCGAGUUUUUUCCGCACGUCGUCGAUGUGACCCAUCACGAAGAUGCGGUAGCAAAAUCCAAUUUCAUUUUUGUCGCCAUCCAUCGAGAACAUUACGCCUCCUUAUGGGACCUCAAGCACCUUUUAGUCGGCAAGAUCCUUGUGGACGUCAGCAAUAACAGCCGAAUGGACCAGUACCCCGAGUCCAACGCCGAGUACCUGGCGUCAUUGUUCCCGGAAUCAAUUGUGGUUAAAGGAUUCAAUGUCAUCUCCGCCUGGGCUAUGCAGUCUGGGCCUAAGGAUGCAAGCAGACAGGUGUAUGUUUGCAGUAACUCGGUGGAAGCCCGUCAUCAAGUUCUGGAAGUUGCCCGCCAGUUAAACUUCAUUCCUGUGGAUCUGGGCACUCUGUCUUCUGCCCGUGAGAUUGAAAGCAUCCCACUUCACCUGUUUACUCUGUGGAAGGGUCCCGUGCUUGCGUCUGUCAGUCUGUCAAUCUUGUUCUUCAUUUACUCUUUCAUUAGAGACAUCAUACAUCCUUAUAUAAAGAAUCAGCAAAGCGACUUCUACAAGAUCCCCAUUGAGAUUGUCAACAAGACUCUGCCAGUUGUAGCAAUCAGUCUUCUGUCUUUGGUGUACCUGGCCGGCCUGUUGGCAGCAGCUUACCAGAUCUUUUAUGGCACCAAAUAUCGAAGGUUCCCUCACUGGCUGGACGGUUGGCUUCAAUGCAGGAAGCAGCUGGGACUGCUCAGCUUUUUUUUCGCCUCGGUUCAUGUGAUGUACAGCCUGUGUUUGCCCAUGCGCAGAUCGGAGCGUUACCUCUUCCUCAACAUGGCUUUUCAGCAGGUUCACGCUAAUAUUGAGAAUUCCUGGAAUGAAGAAGAGGUUUGGAGAGUUGAAAUGUACAUAUCCUUUGGAAUUAUGAGCCUUGGGCUACUUUCACUCCUGGCUGUGACAUCCAUUCCAUCUGUCAAUAGUGCCCUCAAUUGGAGGGAAUUCAGCUUCAUUCAGUCGACCCUUGGAUAUGUGGCUCUGCUCAUAAGCACGUUUCACGUCCUCAUAUUCGGCUGGAAGCGGGCCUUUGAGGUCGAAUGCUACAAGUUCUACAUGCCCCCCACGUUUAUCUUGGCCCUGGUUUUACCCGUCACGGUCAUAUUAGGUAAAAUAUUCCUGUUACUGCCUUGUAUGAACAGACGGCUUCGAAGGAUUCGCCGAGGCUGGGAGAACAGUCACUGCAGAGAGGAUCUUUCUGGGACUGCGGCGCAAGUCUCUCCAGAAAGAGUUACCAUCAUGUGAGAAGAAAUAAAAUUGAACAACAACAACAACUUGUAGUCAACCCAGUUAACAUACUGUGUAAAUGUAACCCGACGUGCUCAAACACUCAAUUGCCACCCCGGCCCAUUGAAGACAUCGAGCUGUUAAAUCAGACAGACGUGUGUUACGUUUGCUUUGUGCCAUGUAGACGUAAUCAUCAGGUAAAUCUGAAGCAAACACAACUCCUUGUACUUCCCAUAGUGCUAUUUUUGUACAUGUUUUCUUUCUGGUAGGUUUGCUUUAUGUCAGUUUUAGGUUAACUGAAUCAGUGUCUGAAGGAAAUCAUGGAGGUGAAAGACAAAACAUGCAAACUGCUUGGUUUUGGUGCAACCUGUGGUGGUCUUUAAAAAAUCUGAUUAGCCUGACUGAGCAAUUAGCCGCAGGACUCCCACCUUACGUGACAAAUCUACUGCUGCAAACGUCAUUCUGAUUCGUUUCAGAAAUUAAGAAGAGCUUGAAAACUAGCAGAAAAUGUUAAAUACGUCUUCGGUCUGAGCUGCUUUGAGGUUGUAUCUGCAGUCUUCCUCGGUGGCUGGCACCAGCACACUCACCCGCAGCCCUUUGUGUUAAAAUUGUAUAACAAAAAAGAAAAGGAUUUGCCAUAUAGACAAUAGAAUUGGAUUCAAAUAUGUGAACAGUAAAUGUAUGCAGAUAUGUUUCACUGCCUAAAGAGUACUCAGUUCUUGGACAUUUUUACAUUUUAUUGUUAUGCUUGAAACAACAUUGGAUUUAAGUUGGCAUUUUUGUCUCGAAUCAACUGAACAACACGCUUUAAUGUUGACGUU